GCGAAAAUCGGCAGAAAAAUCCGGAAGAAAAGCCCAAAGAAGAUUUUCAAAGGCAAAGGAAACAUAUUUUCAUUGUGCGGGAAAGAACUGAUAGCGAAAGUGGGAGCGAGGCAGUGAAGGGGAGACCAAACAAGUGCCGAAACGUGCUCGAGUGCCUCCAUCCUUGCGGUUUUUGGUUUUUGUGUGUUCGGAGCCGUUCCUCCCCUCCUCCCUGUAUUUAUAUACAUUUCGUAUACGCGGUGUUGACACGUCGGCGGUCGACAGCUUUCGGUUUUUAUUUAUACCCCCUGUUUAGUACUUUUUUCCGUGGCCAGCAGGGCCAAAACUUUUCGCCUUUCCAACAAUAAUAUUUAACGGCCAGAGUGCGAGUUAAAGAUUAACUUACUGGAAGUCAGUUUGAAAUUAAAUCAUUAAAUUAAAACAUUGUGGGGAGUGUGGGAACACAACGGCUCAGUCAAUUAGCAAUGAGCGGAAUAUCGCACAAGGCUUUCUAAGCAGCCAAGUGCUUUUUGGCGAGGCCAUCCAUUGGGUAAGGAGCUCAGUUCCGCCGGCGACGGAAAUGGCCGCUUAAGUGGUGCGCAUCCGAACCAGAACCACCGGCAGCAAGUCGAGCACACAACCACCACUCAACUCAUUAGCCUCGGCAACCGUUAAGAUGGCCAACUUGAGCUGGCUGAGCACCACCACCACCUCCUCCUCCAUCAGCAGCAGCCAGCUGCCUUUGGUCAGCACAACCAACUGGAGCCUAACGUCGCCGGGAACUACUAGCGCAAUCCUGGCGGAUGUGGCUGCAUCGGAUGAGGACAGGAGCGGCGGGAUCAUUCACAACCAGUUCGUGCAAAUCUUCUUCUACGUCCUGUACGCCACAGUCUUUGUCCUGGGAGUCUUCGGAAAUGUCCUCGUUUGCUACGUGGUUCUAAGGAAUCGGGCCAUGCAGACUGUGACCAAUAUAUUCAUCACGAAUCUGGCCCUGUCGGACAUAUUGCUCUGCGUCCUGGCGGUGCCAUUUACUCCGCUGUACACGUUCAUGGGUCGCUGGGCCUUCGGCAGAAGUCUGUGCCACCUGGUGUCCUUUGCCCAGGGAUGCAGCAUCUACAUAUCCACGCUGACCCUCACCUCGAUUGCCAUCGAUCGGUACUUCGUUAUCAUUUACCCCUUCCAUCCGCGCAUGAAGCUGUCCACGUGCAUCGGGAUCAUAGUGAGCAUCUGGGUGAUAGCCCUGCUGGCCACCGUUCCCUACGGCAUGUACAUGAAGAUGACCAACGAGCUGGUGAACGGAACGCAGACUGGCAACGAGACCCUGGUGGAGGCCACCCUAAUGCUAAACGGAAGCUUUGUGGCCCAGGGAUCCGGUUACAUCGAGGCACCGGACUCCACCUCGGCCACCCAGGCCUAUAUGCAGGUGAUGACCGCCGGAUCAACGGGACCGGAGAUGCCCUACGUGCGGGUGUACUGCGAGGAGAACUGGCCAUCGGAGCAGUACAGGAAGGUGUUCGGGGCCAUCACCACCACUCUGCAGUUUGUGCUGCCCUUCUUCAUCAUCUCGAUUUGCUACGUGUGGAUAUCGGUGAAGCUGAACCAGCGGGCCAGGGCCAAGCCGGGCUCGAAGUCAUCGAGGCGGGAGGAGGCGGAUCGGGAUCGCAAGAAGCGCACUAACCGCAUGCUCAUCGCCAUGGUGGCGGUAUUCGGACUCAGCUGGCUGCCCAUCAAUGUGGUCAACAUAUUCGAUGACUUCGAUGACAAGUCCAACGAGUGGCGCUUCUACAUCCUCUUCUUCUUCGUGGCCCACUCGAUUGCCAUGAGCUCCACCUGCUACAAUCCCUUCCUGUACGCCUGGCUGAACGAGAACUUCCGCAAGGAGUUCAAGCACGUGCUGCCCUGCUUCAAUCCCUCGAACAACAACAUCAUCAACAUCACCAGGGGCUAUAAUCGGAGUGAUCGGAACACAUGUGGUCCGCGACUGCACCAUGGCAAGGGGGAUGGUGGCAUGGGCGGCGGCAGUCUGGACGCCGACGACCAGGACGAGAACGGCAUCACCCAGGAGACGUGUCUGCCCAAGGAGAAGCUGCUGAUUAUACCCAGGGAGCCGACCUACGGCAAUGGCACGGGUGCCGUGUCGCCAAUCCUCAGCGGACGCGGCAUUAACGCCGCCCUCGUGCACGGUGGCGACCAUCAGAUGCACCAGCUGCAGCCGUCACACCAUCAACAGGUGGAGCUGACGAGGCGGAUCCGCCGGCGGACGGACGAGACGGACGGGGAUUACCUGGACUCCGGCGACGAGCAGACCGUGGAGGUGCGCUUCAUCGAGACGCCGUUCGUCAGCACGGAUAAUACCACCGGGAUCAGCAUUCUGGAGACGAGUACGAGUCACUGCCAGGACUCGGAUGUGAUGGUCGAGCUGGGCGAGGCAAUCGGCGCAGGUGGUGGGGCAGAGCUGGGGAGGCGAUUCAACUGAGAUAGGAUUUUCGAAACGCAUUUCUAAGCAACCGUCGUGGACGGACUCUUAUUGAAUUGUGCCAGUAAUUCAAGCCAAAAUAAUGCAGGGAAACGCCAGCUGGAAUUCGAAUGUCCUUUUGUAAACCGCACUCAACAUGGAUGGGCAGAAAAAUGCUGAUAAAUGGCAAAUCAAGUGACAACGAUGCCGAAGGAGAAGGUUGUCUAGCAAUUGGCUGAAACAGCUAUCAGCUAUUGCUAUUGAUAUCAGAUGUGUGUACAUAUAGUAUAUAUACAUAUAUAUUUAUGGAUGGUGUAUGUGGUGUGUAAGUGGGUGGGCUAAUGGAGUGUGCCGAGGGCAGAACUGCCGCUUUAUACUGCUAUUUUUUGUCGAAUUUUCCGCCGCCAUUCAAGUCGCGACAAUUGCCGGGCCAUUUCGCAUAUUUACAAUGCCUCGCAGGGUGAUUCCAACUCCAAAUCCCCCGAAGAACAGUUUGCCUUUGUCGCUUUCAAUUUGUACCUACUCGCAACAACUGCCAGGCGACACUUGUCGUUUUGGCGUUUUUGGCUUUCGCCAGUCGCACGGAAUUAAAUUUCAGGCGAGCUCUUUUUAUCCCCAAUUGUGCGGAAAUAUGUCAGCUACAACUCGUUUUUCUGGGCAAGAACAAUAAUUUGCCCGACUUGGAAAUGCAAACAUUCCCACGGCCGAUGGAGCUCAAUAAAGAAAAAAAGCUGACAUUGAUGAGAUUUGCACCGGGUCGUUGAAUUUACGAGUUUUAAACUUGACUGACAGUUGGCAUCGGCCAAAAUUGAAACGGAAAUUGAACUGAAAACGAAUUAAAUCCCAUCCCUUAAUGCACAAUUUGUCACUGAAACCAAAGAAAGAUAAACCACUUUUUGGGAUUCACCUUUAAAUGGGGAUACUUUUCCAUGCGUGGCAUUUUUCCUAUAUAUUCCGCCAUAAUUUACCACUUUUCCAUCAAAUUCCGGCGAUUUUAGUGGGGCUAUAUCCGAAUAUAAAGGCAUCAGGAGUGACUAAACUAACUUUAAAUGUUUUAUCACGAAAUAAUUCGUAGCAAAUAAAAUGUGUCAGGUCUAAGACAGCCAUUCACUUAAUUUUAAGCUGCUCGACAUGCUUGUAAAGUAUUUCAGAGCUUAGGUAAAAACUAAAGAACUAAAAGAAUUAUAGUUAAUAUAUAUGUAUAUGUUUAGGUAUUAAAAUUAAAAUGUAGGAUUACCGACUAAGCGCAUCAAAUGCUAGAAGUAAAGGGAGUAUGAAAAUGAGUUGUCAAAAACAUGGAGAUACAAAACCGAAAGUACGCAAAGUUGUGCUGACCAUGAGCCCCGCUUUUGAAAGCUUAAGUCUGGCUUUCAAAAACAAGUCACAUGAUUUGGUGUACUUUUGGUUGUUUCCGCUUUGACCACAUGUUUCUGCUGCGUAUACGUAAUUAUAGUUAAUGUUAGUCAGCGUUUAAAGCUAAGCUAAGUUAACUGAUAGAAUGUUUCGGAAUACUCACUAAUCGUUCGAUAAGCUAAAGUUAAUUUAAACUGGCAUUCAAGCACGAAAGGGUCUCAUGAAAUUAAUAGGAAUUUUCUAUAUAUCCAAUAAUGUAAAUCUUCGAGUUAUUAGCUACAAUUAAAUGUUGGCUGUUGUAUCAAUGUAUUAUGAACGAGUAAGAUAAGUUAUGUAGACUUUGAAGGGCAUUUUAAUAGACAAGGAAAAAGUUAUUAUAUCCGCAGGCUUAAGGAAAUAUUAUAAAUAUUUUAAGCGAGAUCAUACAACCUAGUAUUACGAAAAGUGAAACUCAACUUAAGCUAGUACUUAAGGCAUUUUAAAAUGGGUUUUAAGCUAGGAAGGAAAACACUUGAGUUAUUUGAUGUGAGUACGAAUAUCUUAAGCUAAAUGUUGUUAAUUCAACACCCACUAGUUAAGGGUUGUGUUUGUAGAACGUAAAUGUUAAACAAGAAACAGUACACAAUUGGAAAUAAAUUUAAAACGAUCAAUAUGAAACUCUUAACAAUAUAGAAGCAUGUUAAAAACGCAUAAUUUUAAUAACAAUGAGACACAGCUGAGUAUUAAUCUUAAAGUAAAAAAAAACUAUACUUGUAGCCGAAAAAGAUGUUUUAAAAUACGGAUUACCGACACACGA